AUGUGGCCAAUCAUUGUUGUGGAUGCCACGCAUUUAAAAUGUAAGUAUAAGGGUGUCCUUUUUGUUGCCAAUGCAUUUGACAGAAAUCAAAAUAUAUAUCCUCUUGUUCUUGGAAUUGGGGAUUUAGAGACGGAUGCAUCAUGGCAUUGGUUUUUCAGUAAGCUUCAUAAAGCCAUUGGUGAGUGUCCAAAUCUUGUGAUUAUUUCUGAUCAGAAUAUUAGCAUAGAGAAUGUGUGGCACAACGUUUUUCCAACGGCACAACAUGGCAUAUGCUUUUACCAUAUGAAGGGGAACAUGAAACACACUUUCAAAUUGAAAAAACGUGAUAAAUUAUUGCUAUACUUUGAACAAGCUACGAAAUCUUAUGGUAUUGUUGAAUUUGAUCGUCAUUUUCGCAAGAUCAAGGGAAAUGAUGAGGUUGCUCAAUAUCUUGAAAGUGUAGGAUUACACAAGUGGUCUAGAGCUCACAUGAAUGGACGUCGAUACAAUGUAAUGACAACAAAUAUUGCGGAGUCAAUCAACUCCGUCCUUCGGUUCACAAGGAUGCCACCAGUGGUGCAUUUGAUUGAUGAAAUCAUCAAUCUGCUUGUGAAAUGGUUCAGUAAACAUCGUGAUUUUGCUUUGAAAUGUACAUCAACAUUGUACCCUGACUUUGGCGAGAAGAAGCUAAGACGCAGGUUGGAAUGUGCUUCAAGGAUGAAUGUCGUGAAAUUGAAUCACGUAGAGUACAAUGUCGUGGACAGUAAUAUGGACAACCACGCACAUUUGACGAAUAACACUUGCAGUUGUAGGAAGUUUCAACUUGAGCAACUACCUUGCAAGCAUGUAGUUGCAGUUUGUCGUUUCUUGAAACUAAAUGUAUACUCCAUGGCUUCUCGUUAUUACACUCGAAAUACACUCGAAAUACAUGGUUAG